AUGUGGGUAUUGCUUGCUUAUUCUUUCUGACUGUUUCUUAUUGAUUUACCAUGGGGGGAGAAAGGUUCUCUGUUGGGUUCAUAAUUUUUGGUUUGUUUGGGUGUUUAUGUAAUGCUCAAGAGGGACAGUGGCUUUCAAACCUGCAUGGUGCUAAUCCUGGGACAACCAGACAGUAUAACAGGCAGCCAGUGGGCUCACAGGCUCCUGUCACGGCUCGACCACCCCUUGGAAGACCGUGGUUCACCCAGGCUCCCGUGACUCCCCGCCCAACCUUCGGUGGCCCAGGCUUCACCCAGGCUCCCGUGACUCCCCGCCCAACCUUCGGGCGACCAGGCUUCACCCAGGCUCCCGUGACUCCCCGCCCAACCUUCGGGCGACCAGGCUUCACCCAGGCUCCCGUGACUCCCCGCCCAACCUUCGGUGGCCCAGGCUUCACCCAGGCUCCCGUGACUCCCCGCCCAACCUUCGGGCGACCAGGCUUCACCCAGGCUCCCGUGACUCCUCGCCCGACCCUUGGGCGGCCCACAGUUCCAGUGGAACCUCCUACACCUAAGCCUGACGCUGUGAAGGCCCACUGUGGGGAAAGCUCUGUUCAGUUGGAAGUGGAUAUGGACCUGCUUGGCAUUGGUCACCUGAUCCAACCAUCUGACAUCACCCUAGGAGGCUGUGGACCUGUUGGGCAGGAUAAGUCUAGUCUCCAUCUUCUGUUUGAGACGGAGCUGCAUGGCUGUGGCAGUGUACUUGCGAUGACUGAGGACUCCCUAGUCUACACCUUUACCCUCAACUACCAACCUAAAGCUCUUGGUGCCACGCCCAUCAUUAGGACAUCCGAUGCUGUGGUGGGCAUCAGGUGCCACUACAUGAGGCUGCAUAAUGUCAGUAGUAAUGCCCUGAAACCAACCUGGAUCCCCUACCACUCUACCCUGUCUGCUGAAGACCUCCUUGUAUUCUCUCUGAGGCUCAUGACUGAUAACUGGCAGAUGGAGCGGAUGUCUAACGUGUUCUUCCUGGGGGAUCUCAUUAACAUUGAAGUUUCUGUGGUCCAGGCCAACCACGUACCCCUCAAUGUAUUUGUGGAUUCCUGUGUAGCUACUUUGGACCCUGAUAUGAAUGCAGUACCCAGAUAUGCUUUCAUUGAGAAGGGGUGUCUAAUGGAUUCCAAGCUGACCAACUCCCGCUCCCAAUUCUUGCAAAGAGUACAGGAUGAUAAGCUGCAAUUUCACCUGGAUGCUUUUAGGUUUGCCCAGCAGGCCAGGAGUACAAUCUACAUUUUCUGCCAUCUGAAAGCCACUGCAGUUUUGCCUGGUUCAGAAGGAAGGGCAUGCUCCUUUCCUCCUGGAUACGAACGGUGGAUUAGUGCAUCUGGGAAUGACCAGGCAUGUAGUUGCUGUGACACUAGCUGUGCUAUGAGGAAGGGCAGGAGUGUCAAUUCAGCUGUACAGUAUGAGGGUAGUGCAGUCCUAGGCCCCAUUGUUGUCCAGGAGGCUACCAAAGAUGUUGUGCCUGAGCUCCAUGGCUCUCUGAAGGUGGAUCACUGGUCAGAAGGUUCCUCUGCUGUGCUAAUGGUUGGAGUGGCUGCAGUGGGACUGGUCUGCAUGAUUGUGCUUGGCACAGUACUAGUGUGGCGACGGUACUACAAACCUAUGGUCUUGUAACUGGGAGAUUUUUUUGAAUAAAACCUGAAAACAAGUAA